ACUAUAUCUAACUAUGUAACAACAAAUUAAAACACCAAUCACACAUACACAGAACUAUAAGAAAUUAACCAAAAAGAUGAGUCAAGAACAACAAAAAGAAGGUAUAAAAUAUGGGGACGUGUUUAAAGAAGUGAGUGGGGUAUUAGCUGACAAAAUUGUGACACCACAAGAUGCUGCAAUGAUGCAAGCAGCUGAGACUAGUGUAUUUGGACAAACACAAAAGGGAGGGACUGCUGCAGCCAUGCAAGCUGCUGCAACUAUCAAUGAACGUUCUGGGUUUGUUGGUCACCAAGACUUGAGUGUUACUGGUGAUCACGGUGUUGCUGUUACAGCUACUCACCUUCCUGGUGUUCGUCUUGUUACCGAAACUGUCGCUGGUCAGCUUGUGGGGCAGCACAUGGAGCCUACACCGGUACUAUAUAAGAACGAGGGUGGUAUUGGAGAUGUGCACCAACAAGGUGCAAUCACGAUAGGAGAAGCACUCGAAGCUACAGCAAGAACAGCAGGGAACAAAGCAGUCGAGCAGAGUGAUGCUGCAGCGAUUCAAGCAGCAGAGGUAAGAGCUACUGGUAGUAGUGUGUCCGUUCCUGGUGGACUUGCAGCUCAAGCUCAAUCAGCAGCCACUUUAAACACGUCUACACGUGAUGAAGAUAAAGUCAAGCUUAGUGAAGUCCUUACAGAUGCAACAGUGAAGCUUCCAGCGGAUAAGGUGGUUACAAGAGAAGAUGCUGAUGGUGUAUACAAUGCUGAAAGGCGAAACAGCCCUAAUUUGACAGCACAUCCCGCUGGAGUGGCUGCCUCCGUUGCAGCUGCUGCUAAUCUAAAUGAGAAAGGGCCCGUGAGCUAGUUUAGGUAAAGAUGUAUGGUUCUGUAAGUAUAGUUUUAGCUUGAUGAAGAACAUCUAUAUGAUAUGUCUCUAGUAGUUAAAGUGUAUCUUUUUGACUUUUUGUAUACUUGUUUCAAAGUAUAUAUCCAAGUUUUUCUUCUUAA